GAUCAGCUGAUAUCACUGUCAAAAAGUGCAUAACGUGAAAAUGAUAUGAACAACAAGAAAGGGGAAUCACAUUUCGAGCAAUUACUUGAAAAUCAUCCGAACUACGUCGUUCCACAACUUUAUUAUCUAUACUUAAACUUCAGGUGCAAAUACAGAUAUGAGUAUUCUGAGUGGAAUAGAAAUUCCCGAAGAUGAUAAUCUGGAAUCACAAUAUGCUCUUCGAGUUGCAUUUCAAACAAUGAAAGAACGUUGUCAGCAUUUGCAAGCAAGAUUAGCUGCUGUUGAAGAAGAAAAUGUUCGUUUGAGAUUAGAAUGUGGAAAAGACGGAGCUGCAAGUGUAGUCAGAAGUGAACUAAAUUCGGAAGAAGAUGAAGUUCUCGUUUUAAGGGAAAAAGUGGAAGAAUUAACAAAGCAGAGAUCACAACUGAACCACCAUAUAUUUAUGGUAGCAGCGGAAAAUCGACAACUGUGGAAUAGAUUAACAAGAUUGACGAGGGCCAACAAAACGUUGGGAAACCGAUUGACUAAAAUAUCAGAUACACUCAAAAAGCACCCAUCAACUCAACCAGUAGAUAUUUUAGCUUAUAGUUUUAAGGAAGUUUCAUGCCCUGAUAAGACUGAUCCUCAGAAAUGUCUUCUUUCAACUGAUGGAGAAGAUGAAUCUCUUUUUUUGACAGGUACGAAAGAUCAGAGUUUAGAAGAAAUUUCUUUGAGGCUCAUCAACAGCAUAAUGUUAGAAAAAUCAGAUCUAGAACAACAGUGCGCAGAGAUGGUGGAGCUACAAAGCAGUUCGGAUUUAAAUUUACAAAACGUGGGAUUCACUUAUCCUGAAGAUGCUGAUACGGAUUCCUUAGAGCAAUUAAAACACCAUGAGAUCAGAUUAUCUCACACGAAAGAUACGCUUUUGAGUCAGCAGACGAGAUUAAAGAGAAUAAUUGAGAAGAUUAAGACUUUAAAAAAAGGCAAACCGUGUAAAACUUGCCGAAAAAACGCGUCCAAAAUACUGUGUCAAACCGGAACACAAAUUGACUUGGACAUUAAUAUAAAGGAAAACCAAUCCGGGUGCAAUAUUCCCUCUUCCGAAAAUUCAAUCACAGAAGAUUGUUCGAACGCCGAAGAAAACGAUAGUGAUAGCAGCAACAAAAUUUGUCCACUGUGCGGUGUUUCCUACGGAAAAUCGACAUCGUUUACAGCUUUUCACGAACACGUCUUAACUCAUUUUAGAAACGAUGACGUAGAAGUGAACCAUUAGAGGUAAAUUUACUCCUAAUUUAUCAUUUUUAAACAUGAAUCUGAGUCAAAUGAAUUUUUGAGUGUAUUUUCGAAUAAUUGCUGUGAUGAGAAGCUAAUUCCACUGGGCCAACUUUUGUAUUAGGUGUAUAUAGUGCAGUAAUCACAAAAUUUACGAAAAUUAACAACGGCUUUGUUGUAAGAGCCCGCAGAGAUCGAAUAUAAUAGAUGCUAUGCAUAUAUAUAUAUAUAUAUAUAUAUAUUAUAAUGUUAAACAACUUGCAUAAGAAAGAAAAAUAGUUAAGCAGAAAAGUAUACUUUUUAUUACUGUAUAAAUAAGACUUGCGAAAAUUCAAAGUACAAAAGUACAAACAAUAGAACAUUAAUAUUCUUAACUACUUUUCAAUUAUGGCAAAUUAAAGAUCAUUUCGAAGCCCAAAAAUAUUUGAAUAAUUUACAGUAUUACAGUUUACGAAAUGUAUCACGUUUUCUUUCUGAAACUAAGAUUCGUCCUAGCAUUACAUAGUUUUUAGAGACACCUUCAAAAAAAUGUUUAAAGUAGGAAAAGUAUAUUAGGAACAUAUUAAAAACCACCUAUGAGGUUUAGGAAAUUUAAAUGAAAAACUAGGUUUAUGUACUUCCUAUUUAUUUUUUAUACUCAGCAAAUGAAAAACAAUGUAUCCAAUUAAAACAAACUGAAUAAAUCUUAAAGAAUUAAUCUACCAUCUUUAAUGAGAAUAUACAUUUAGGCUAGAUUUGUAGGUUUUACUUCCGUACUAUCAGAUGGUUCUUGUGUUGUUGGCUGCAGCAAAUUUUUAUGGAACCACUCUGGUCUUUUUUGAGGCAGUUCAAC